ACACCGCUUUAAUUUAGAUCUAUAUGCGAGUGUUCUUCUAGUUGCUAAUGUUAUUAGCAUUACAUCAUAUCAGUUAUGUGUCCUCUCUGACUCUAUUUGGUAGGUGGGCUUUAUCCUCACUAUGAAAGUUUCUGACUGUGAUGAGUUAAGCAGAGUCUUCUUUAGACCCAUUAAAAAAAAAAAAAAAAGACCGAGGGUCUCCUACUCUAUGACAGUCUCUCCGCGUGCUUGCUUAACUCCGCGUAUGCUUUGCUUUAGUUUUAAGUCACCUGUCGGCAAGUCAAUAUUUAAAGUCUUCUGAUACUCGGAAGUUUCGAUCAAUUUUCCCGCUGGAUAUAUAAUACCAAAGACCAAAUAGGCAGUCUCGCAAACAAUAUUUAGUUCAUUUCUUAUUGGAGAAGAAUAUACAGUAUUCUUGCUCGUCUUGCAUGAUCACCUACAAAGAAGAGAAAAUCUAGUUUCGUAUUGCUUGCUUUUGAAUCUGCUCUCUUGUCUCAAGAUUCCUGACUUCCUACCAAAAUGUUUGAUCCAGUCGAUAUACUAUUCGAGGAGCUGUAUGCUGGUGUUAAAGAGCUGAUAAAAAAGAAUACCAUAUUCGAUCCCACACUCAAAGCCAUCAAAACCAAGCUAGACUCUCUAAAACUAGUGAUCCUAAAGAUGGCAGAAUGCAACGAGGCACUGGAUAUCCCAAGGGAGGAACUAGAAGGUCUAGAAGAAGUAAUGAAGGAUGGCAAGGAGCUUGUUCUCAAGUGCUCAAAGAUCCACUCUGGCAACUACUACAAACUGUACAAAUACGCCAACAAACUCCUUAAAUGGGAUGAAUCUCUUCAAGGAGUGUUGAGUAUACUGAAUGUACAGAGCAACAGGGAUGUCAGGACAAUCGCAGUUGCUGUAGGACAUAUAGAGGCUGAAGUAGGGAGUAUAAAGGCGGUGAUCAACGAAAUGAAAGAGAAUUUUGUGAUACAGAAUCACUCUGCAGGGGUACCUAAUGCUUGGUGUGCAUUACCUGAACUUCCAGAGUUUCUUGUUGGAUUGGAUGAGGCUUUGAGUGAACUGAAGAUGAAGCUUCUUAAGGAUGGGGUGUCAAGGCUGGUGCUGACUGCUCCUGGAGGAUGUGGGAAGACUACUUUAGCAACCAAAUUCUGUCAAGAUAAGCAAGUCAAAGUUAAAUUCAAGGAAAAAAUCUUUUUUAUUACCAUCUCAAAAAGACCAAACUUGGACCUUGUUGUUCAAGAACUGCGUCAAUCAAGUAUGGGUUCCAAGGUUCCCACUUUUGAAAGUGAAGUAAUUGCGGUUAGGUGGCUGCAAGAGUUUCUGAAGGAAACAGGAGAGAAUCCUUUGUUGUUGGUCCUCGAUGAUGUUUGACCUGGAUCAGAAUCUCUCCUACAGAAGUUUGAUGAAUUGAAAAUGCCAAAUUACAAAAUUUUGGUGACAUCAAGAUAUGAGUUCCCAGGAUUCGGUUCACCACGUAUACUAGAACCACUGAAUUAUGUAGAUGCAAUGGCCCUUUUCCACGAUUCAGCUUCCCUAGGAGAUAAGAGCUCUCAUGUUCCAAAAGAUCUUCCAAGAAAGAUAGUGGAGUGUUGUAAAGGAUUUCCACUUGCCAUUUCAGUGGUUGGAAGAUCACUUUGUGAGAAACCUACAGAGUUCUGGCUUAAAAGAGUAAGGGCACUGUCUAAAGGUGCUUCUGUUCUUGAUUCUUCAACUGACCUGCUCAUAUGCCUUCAAAGUAGCUUACAUGCUUUGGAUGAAGAAGAUACCAUCCUGAAGGAUUGUUUCUUGGACCUGGGCUCAUUUCCUGAAGGCAAGAGGAUCCCUGCUUCUGCUCUAAUUGAUAUAUGGGCAGAGUUAUAUGAGUUAAAUGAAGAUUUCCUGUCCAAUUCAAAUCUCCAAGAGCUUGCCACUCGAAGUCUAGUUAAUCUUAUAGUUACGAG